AUGGAGUGUGCUAUAUGUGAACACCGCCAACGAAGGUUUAUCUGCCAAGCCUGUGUACGGACUCAUGUGCGCGAAUUACGUGCUCAGAUCAGCAAAGCGGGAGAUGAACGCCAGGUUGAAGUCGAGAAGGCUGCUAAGCUGCUUGGGAGUGGAGUGGAGAAGGAACGAUGGGCACGCGCUGAGACCUAUGCUCUCGAGGUUAGCAUCACAGCUGUAAAGGCCGAGUUGGUGGCACGUCGGGUGGCGAACCAGAAAGCUAGGGAAAAUGUAAUAUCCAAGAGGAAGGCACUGGCUGAACGUCGAGAGAAUCUCAAGCUUGCUCGUGACUUUCUUCCAUCUACGGUUUCCCCAUCCCACACCACUUCAUCAAAUCUGGCAGCUGGCCCGUCACAAGAGAACACUAUUCCAUUUGCUACGAGCAGCUCACCUCCUUCAACUGCCAGUCGGCUGUCCCGAUUAUUCCCGUUUCCUUCUGCAUCAACCGUUGCCCCACCAUCUGCGCCCCCUCCUAGACGACACAAACCUCCCAAUCCACUUACCGAAGCCAAACAAGCCUUGUCCAAUGUUGCGGACGCGCUUUCCGAGGGUCGGGCGGCUUUGGUGCGAGAACUUGCCGAGGCCUACGAGCUACAAGAGGAAUGUCGAACGGGGCCUGGAGGGCAAGAGGAGUAUAUUUGGACAUUAGGAAGGAUGGAACUACCUAAUAUAGACGAUCUCCCUCAAGUCAUUUCGUCAACAGGAUUCAAACCAUCGCUUCUUCACACGACUUUAUACAACGCCUUACACUUUAUGCGACUGACAUCAUUCUACCUUGGCGUAAAGCUACCUUUUGAAAUUGGAUGGGGUGCCUCAAGCACGCUCUCCCCACCUUUUCCAUCUCUAUUCAUCCCUGGAGCGGCCGACACAAAUAAACUGGAAACAAUCAAUGAAGAUGGUGCCGAGUCGAGUGGGACUACGCUCGUUGGAGUUGGAACUCCAUGGAUUGUAGCUGGACGCGGCUUGGGAGGAACCACGGACGGAGGAUGGGGAAAAUAUACAAGUCCCCUCGCAUUACAUCUCCCAGCCCCCACCGCUGCCCCGAUCAAAAACGGAGGGAACCUCCAACCUGCUCCAACUUCAAAACCUCCCCGACCAUCCAAUGCCUCUCCCGGAAAACGCCGACCAAGCCUUUUAAGCUUGUCACGCGUAUCCGCAGCCGCGAGAUAUGUCGCGGGUUCAGCAUACUCCACACCCCGCUCUCCACAUUCAAACACAAUCGCGACUGGACUUCCUACCCGAUCGUCAACAACGCCAAAUUCCCGACCCCGCCAACGAGCAGGGUCAGUAUCGAUGCAAACUGCUCCCCAAAUCCGAACUCGAGUGACAAGUCUUGCAACCAUCCCGACUCAAUCUACACUUCAGCAACAGCAAGAGCCGAUGACAGAAGAACCAAUCGUCCAGACCCCGAUUCAGAGUUUUGUAGCCGCGCUGACGAUGGUUCAGUACAACGCUGCUUAUUUGGCUUGGACGCAGGGUGCUCUGGAUGUAGGGAAUGUCGAGAACUUGCCGGGUAUCCUGAGCCUACUUGGAGCGACUGUUGUGAGCGAGGGUAUAGGAUAUGCGUCGCACAAUACGUCCGCGGCUCAGGAUCACGCCUUGCCUCCCCCUACACGCUCGUUUCCGCUCAGUUUUCCGGCUCUGUUGGGGCACAACCUGGGUCUGAUUGGAGGGCUGGGAAGCGCCGGGCUCCCAAGUCAAGAAGGCGAUGGCGAGUGGGACUUGGUCGAAGCCAGCGAAGAGGAAGAUGGCGUUGGGUGA